AGCCCAGAUUGGCAAUGCAUGCUGGGAGCUGUACUGCCUGGAGCAUGGUAUCCAGCCGGACGGUCAGAUGCCCAGCGACAAGACCAUCGGAGGGGGGGACGACUCCUUCAACACCUUCUUCAGUGAGACCGGAGCCGGCAAACAUGUUCCCAGAGCUGUGUUUGUGGACCUGGAGCCGACGGUCAUCGACGAGGUCCGUACAGGAACCUACCGCCAGCUCUUCCAUCCUGAGCAGCUGAUCACCGGAAAGGAAGAUGCAGCCAACAACUACGCUCGUGGUCACUACACCAUCGGCAAGGAGAUCAUCGACCUGGUUCUGGACAGGAUUCGUAAACUGGCGGACCAGUGCACAGGGCUCCAAGGUUUCCUCAUCUUCCACUCCUUUGGAGGAGGAACCGGCUCUGGCUUCACCUCUCUGCUGAUGGAGCGUCUCUCCGUCGACUACGGCAAAAAGUCCAAGCUGGAAUUCGCCAUCUACCCAGCCCCUCAGGUGUCCACAGCCGUGGUGGAGCCCUACAACUCCAUCCUGACCACCCACACCACCCUGGAGCACUCCGACUGCGCCUUCAUGGUGGACAACGAGGCCAUCUACGACAUCUGCCGCAGGAACCUGGACAUUGAGCGUCCCACCUACACCAACCUCAACAGGCUGAUCGGACAGAUCGUCUCCUCCAUCACCGCCUCCCUGCGCUUCGACGGCGCCCUGAACGUGGACCUGACGGAGUUCCAGACCAACCUGGUGCCCUACCCUCGUAUCCACUUCCCUCUGGCCACCUACGCCCCAGUUAUCUCAGCAGAGAAAGCCUAUCACGAGCAGCUCUCCGUAGCAGAGAUCACCAACGCCUGCUUCGAGCCAGCCAAUCAGAUGGUGAAGUGCGACCCUCGUCACGGCAAGUACAUGGCCUGCUGCCUUUUAUUCCGUGGCGACGUGGUGCCCAAAGACGUCAACUCUGCCAUCGCCACCAUCAAGACCAAGCGCACCAUCCAGUUUGUGGACUGGUGUCCCACAGGCUUCAAGGUGGGCAUCAACUACCAGCCUCCCACUGUGGUUCCUGGAGGAGACCUGGCCAAGGUGCAGAGGGCCGUGUGCAUGCUGAGCAACACCACCGCCAUCGCAGAGGCCUGGGCUCGACUCGACCACAAGUUCGACCUGAUGUACGCCAAGAGGGCCUUCGUCCACUGGUACGUCGGAGAGGGAAUGGAGGAGGGAGAGUUCUCAGAGGCCAGAGAGGACAUGGCUGCCCUGGAGAAGGAUUACGAAGAGGUGGGAACUGACACCAUUGGGGACGAAGGAGAAGAAGAAGGGGAGGAAUAUUAAAUUUGAAAUAAACAAACAAAACCAGCAGUGACUGGGUCGUUUUAAAGGUCGUCUUACUGGUUUUUAGACAUAAUAGAGAGGGAUGAAAUCUGAUAAAUUAUCCAUAAUUGAAGGAUCUGUCUCAGUCUAUUUUGGAAAGUUGUAAAAGUGGUCAGACUCUUAGAAGAUCUGAGAUUGUUUGAAGCAUACUGAGGCCUUCAUGUCCAUUAUUUUAUGCAUUUCCUGAACUUUUAAAAGUAAUUUUUCCUUGUGUGAAAAUCCAGACAUUGUGACAUUUAGAUACUGUUACCAUGCAAAUAAAUUCAUGUCUUUACAGGUGCUAAAAUUCCUGUUAAUCUGAAAGUAAAAUGAGUGUCUGAUCAGUGGUAUGGAAUUAAGUCAUAUUCUAUAUUAGACAUAUCGUCAGAUCUGAACCAUCGAUUCAGUAAGAUAUUGUCUUUCAUGUGUCUUUGUCUUGAAACAAUAAACUGAGACAUGUU